AUGUCGAUUGAAAGUGAUUAUCCUUAUGUCCUAGAAAUAUUGGAGCUUCGUCAUAAAUAUUAUCUAAGUUAUUUAGCAGAAAAUUCAGCUUUACAUGAUCAGUGGGUCAGGGAUGGUGAAGGUUUUCUAAUUAUGUAUUCUAUGGCUUCAAGAUCAACAUUAGAUCGAGUAGAACGAUUUUAUGAUCAUAUUAUACGUGUAAAGGACAAUGAACCUGUUCUAAUUAUGCUUGUUGGUAAUAAAUGUGACUUAUUUACUUCACGUGAAGUUUCAAAAGAAGAAGGGAUGAAUAUGGCAAGAAAACUUAACGGCAAUUAUAUUGAACGUUCCGCAGAAACAUGUGUGAAUGCGGAAAGGGCAAUUUAUGGUUUGAUUAAAAUGAUAAGACAGAAUAGAGAAGGGGUAAAUAUUCUUGAAGAAAUAGAAAGGAAAUGA